AGAAAAGUGAGAAUGAGAAAGAAGGUGAAAACACUGACAAACUUACAAACACUAGCUGUAAUUGAUUUACAUCAAAUACUGUGUCUCCUUCGCUUUCACACUCUUUCGUUUCCCUACACUUAUAAAUGCACUAAACAGUACACAAAACAUUAUGCGUUUUCACUUCCCCCAUGGAAACCAACAACUGUUGUGAAAAACAAGGAGCAUGGUCCUCCGAUGAAGACCAAAUCCUCUUCAACUAUGUUCAACUCACCGGAGAAGGAAAUUGGACAGACCUUCCCCAAAGAGCUGGGUUGAAACGAUGUGGUGAGAAUUGCAAACAUCGAUGGCUGAACUAUCUCAAACCAACCAUCCCCAGAGAGAACUUUUCUUGGGAUGAACAAGAACUCAUCAUCAGACUGCAUAAACUCUUGGGAAAUAGAUGGUGUAUGAUUGCAGGAAGAUUACCAGGACGGAGUGAAGAUGAGAUAAAGAAUUACUGGAAUACUUAUUUGAGCAAGAAGGUAGAAGAAGAGAAGAAGGUUGGGAGCAGAAGUGUGAAAAGUAGAAGUAUGUCAAGUGUUGAAUCUCCAUGGUUCUCUCAAAAUGACCUUGCUAUGAAUUCCAUGGACUCUCCAAACCCUGUGAUAGUUAGACCUAAAGUUGUUAGGUUAGCCAAGGCUGUGCUGCCAAGACUGGUAGGUAGCUAAUCAAAUGUUUUGCUACCUCCUAAUGCUACAUCAUAAGUACUUUCAACUCUUAAAUUCACCCGACAACUUACCUUUCUUAUUUUUGUUUUAUUUGAAAAGUAUAUAUAAAACCAUUUAAGUGCUUCUUAUUUAUAUUCAUUCACAUGUGAUUGGACGAAGCAUUUCAAUAAUUUUAAGAAAUUGAAAUAUAUUGUAUUUGAAUUUCUUAUAAUUGGAAUUUCUUUAUUUUCUAAA